UGUUGGAGUGACCGGGGGCUCGUCAGGAAGUCUUUCACCUGAGGGGACAUUCUGUGUUUAUCAGACACAAUUAUUACAGCGAUUCUGUGUCUGUCUCCCCCACUUGUCGUCAGGGACCAUUCACUGGUCAGCGGCAGUUCGACGGAGGGGGCGCAGCGGGGAAUCCGCCAUGACUUGAACGCAUCGAAAGAAACACACUCACUGCGUCAUUACGCACGCGGACGUGAGCGUCUCGUCCAAUCAGGUGCAGCGAGCGAGGCUCAGGGAAGAAGCAGAUGAUAUGGCAGCUUUGAGAGCGACCAGGUGGAACUUGCUUUGUUCGCGCGACUAAACCUUUGGGGCAUGAACACACCGUGACUCCGAGACGGGCGUCGGGGCAGCUGCUCGAGAUGAUUUACCUGAUCCUCAUUUCCGUGUUCUCCGGAGCAGUCGUCACGCUGAUAGUUCAGUUCUUGCUGAUCUACCGGAGGAGCCCGGAGCCCGCGGGCAGGACGGUGCAGUAUGUGAAAGUGGUGCCUGAAAACGCACUGAGGGAUUACUUUAAUGCCCAACAUGCCGAGGCGGGACAGCAGCAGCAGCAGGACAACACGGCAGCCGCCGCCGCCGCGCACAGGCAGCAGGAGGCCGCCUCGGCGCGGCAGCAGGAAGCGGCUGUCACCGGCAGCCCCAAACAGCCGCCGACACACAGCGAGCACGGGGACGCAAACAAACCCGAGACGUGCAAUUUCCUCAACGCGAUUUUUCUCUUCCUGUUCAGGGAGCUGCGCGACACCCCGGUGGUCCGACACUGGCUCACCAAAAAGAUCAAGGUGGAGUUUGAGGAGCUGCUGCAGACCAAGACGGCGGGUCGCCUCCUGGAGGGGCUCAGCCUCAGAGACAUCUCCCUGGGCAAUUCUCUGCCCGUCUUCAAAACCGCCACCCUCAUGAAGCCGGUGCAUUUGAACGAGGACGGCAUGCCGGAGGAGCUCAACUUCGAGGUGGACAUCGAGUACAAUGGCGGCUUCCACCUCGCCAUCGACGUGGAGCUGGUGUUCGGGAAGUCUGCCUACCUGUUCGUGAAGAUGCGGCGCGUGGUGGGCAGGCUGAGGCUGCAGUUCACGCGCAUGCCCUUCUCCCACUGGUCCUUCUCCUUCCUGGAGGACCCGCUCGUGGACUUCGAGGUGAAGUCUCAGUUCGAGGGCAGACCGCUGCCUCAGCUCACCUCCAUCAUAGUCAACCAGCUGAAGAGGGUGAUCAAAAAGAAACACACGCUUCCCAACUACAAAAUCAGAUACAAGCCCUUCUUCCCGUUCCAAGUGCAGCCUUCGCUGGGUUCGGCCUGGGAUUUGGACCUGUCGGUGCAGGAGAGCAAGCUGGGAGAAGGCAGACUCAAAGUCACCCUCAUUGAAUGUAGCAGACUGUUCAUCCUGGGCUCCUAUGAUAGAGAAACCUAUGUUCACUGCACUCUGGAGCUGAGCAGCCACCAGUGGAAGGAGAAGACUCGCAGCUCCAUCAAACGGACGGAGGUUAUCAAGGGGCCAUGUGGCAGCGUGGGGAUGACCUUCAGGCAUGUUCCUGCCACUGAGGGGGAUGCAGUCCAUGUCAGCAUUGAGACGGUCACACCCAACUCUCCUGCAUACAUGGCAGAUCUGCAGAAGGGCGAUCGCCUCAUUGCCAUUGGAGGUGUCAAAGUAACAUCCUCAGUUCAAGUACCCAAACUGUUGAAGCAGGCUGGAGACAGGGUACUGAUCCUUUAUGAGAGACCGGUUCGUCACCAGACCUCCUCUUUGGGAAGCUUAGGAACUCUUCAGGAAGGCUUUGGGCAGCUAGAGGAAACCGGUUUUAUCCCCCAGCCAAGCGGCUACGAGGAAGACCCAGCCCCCAUCACCACCCUUUCUGACAUAUCCGAUGGCAAAGACAUGGACUCUGAGUUUGAAGAGUUGAUUGUGGACUCCAAACCUAGUCAGACUGGUAGUAACAGUACCACAAAUACCAGUGAGACUAAGGAGGAUUUCUUACUUACAGUAAACCAAAGCCCUAAAAGGACUGUGGCCAACUUGGCCUCCAAGCCCCUUGGUACCAUAUCACCCAUUCUAAACCGCAAGUUAAACCUGGUGGGUCUUCAGUCACCAUUAAAGCCUCAUCCCAAAGAAUCACCAAAGCCCUCACCACAUAAGACCAGUAGUGAUCCAGGUGAGGGUCUGCAGCGCCCCACCGUUCCUCCCCCACCUCCUCCCUCUCGCCCCCCGGUGCCACCAAGACCUCAGAUAAGGUUAACAUCAGCCUCUUCAGAAACCAGUCUUUUGGACAGUGUUGAUUCUGUUACAACUUCUAAUGCAACUGUUGGUCCUAUAGUGACUGCUGCCACUAGUGCUUCUGAAAAAUCUCCAGAAAAGGUUCUUUCCACUGGAGCGAAUGAGGAGAAGGCUGGCACAGAGAAAAUAUGUGUCAAACAGGCUGACGCAAAGCAGUCCACUAAGCCAAAUGAGUCCAGUGAUGAGCUGCCAGCCUUCCCCACUGCAACCAGCAGUAGCAGGGUUGAUCAAGCAAAGGACAAAGCUUCAGAGAGCUCGUGCAGCACACGAGACAGUCUAGAGGACCACUCCAUUUGGGAAUCUCCAGAAACCAUGUUUCGUAAUCAGACAGCACGCUGGCCCAAAGCCUCGAUGGUGUUUGAUGUAGAAAGCAAUCACAAGUACCUUAAUGUGGCCCUGUGGUGCAAAGAUCCCUUUAAGCUGGGUAGUUUGUUGUGUCUGGGUCAUGUGAGUCUCCAGCUGGAGCAUGUAGCCCUGGAAUGUAUGGCCACAUCUUCAGCAGAGUACCAGAGCACCUUUAGGCUAGGGCCUCCAGAACCCAGAGCCAAUGUCAGUCGCACUGCACUACGGAGUCUUGGCACCCACAAGGGCUUCAAUGAGAAGCUGUGUUACGGAGAUGUGACUCUGAACUUCUGCUAUUUAGCUGAGGGUGAAUUUGAGUUUCCAGGGGGGCUGGUUGAAAAAGAGCGAGAGGGAAGUCUUCUUGAUGAUGAUCUAAAGGAGAGGGAAAGGGAACAUAUCCCCUCAGCACCACGGGAUGACUUGGCCUAUGGCACCAUGCAGUUGGUAGAGAUUCGACACAACUUCCAGGACACACAGUUCCAGAUCCCCACCUGGUGUGAAUACUGUAAGAAGAAGGUUUGGACCAAGGCAGCCUCUCAGUGUAUGAUCUGCGCCUAUGUUUGCCACAAGAAGUGCCAGGACAAGUGCCUCUCUGAAAAUCCCUUCUGUGUGGCAGCAACUGAACGUCGUGGAGCUGACCCUGAAGCCAAAUCCACCAUAAACCGGGCGACUGGACUAACCCGCCAUAUCAUCAACACCAGCUCUCGCCUGCUUAAUCUGCGUCAGGUGCCUAAGACUCGGCUAGUCGAGCAGGUGGUUGAUGUGGUGCCUGGAGUGGUGGAACCCUCACCCAAGCAUACACCCAACACUUCAGACAAUGAAAGCAGUGAUACUGAGACCUACACCAGUGGGGCCAGCCCCUCAAAGCAGCCCAUCAGCAGUGGUGGCAGCAGUAAACUUGUACGCAAGGAAGGUGGGCUGGAUGACAGUGUGUUCAUUGCUGUGAAGGAGAUAGGGCGUGACCUGUACCGGGGGCUGCCCACAGAUGAGCGCUCCCAGAAGCUUGAGUUGAUGCUGGAUAAACUGCAGCAGGAAAUUGACCAGGAGCUGGAGCACAAUAAUGCCCUUCUUCUAGAGGAGAGGGAGGCCACAGAUGCCCGUCGCAAGGCCCUUAUUGGUACUGCCCUGGCCAAGUCUGGAGAGAGACUGCAGGCCCUUACCUUGCUAAUGAUCCACUACCGGGCUGGGAUUGAAGACCUAGAGUCGGUGGAGAGCACCUCUCCUUCAGAGCAGCAAGGUUUCAAAGGAAAAGGAGAAGGCCUAGAAGAUGAAGCCCCGAUGGGGACUGAGGUCUAUGACAGUGACAUCUGCAGCCCAGUGGAGGUGCAACUGCUAGAUGACAUUACUGAGGAGCAGAUCUGUGUGGAGGCCCUCCACUAAAUAAGACUAGAAAAAAUAAGGCAGAGGAACAUGCUUUGUGCACAUUUCCCCCUACGAAAGAGUAUCCUAUUUGGACGGGAAUUGCAGCAGUCUGUUUUAAACAUUGGGGUUGUUGAGGUCCAGUUUUUGAUCCACUUAAUUUUUACAUGAGGUAUGAUGGGUAAAGGAAUUUUCUCCCUAAUGAGUCAUGGUAAUCCUGUCAUUGAUGUUUUGAUUUGCACAGUGUGAUGCCGUCCCCAUGCUUUCCAUGUGUUUCUGGAGUUUUAAAGGGAAACUUGAAAGCUACACUUGUCUGCCCUCAGUAGUGCUGCACAUUCAUCCUUCAGUUUUGUUUUUUUCUUUGGCUUCAAAAGGUCAUUGUAAGAAUUUGAUUUGGUUUGAUUUCCUGUCUGUAACUGCUUUGACUUAAGGACUUUGGACUAUUUGCACAUUUCUGUGCUGCUAGUCAGAAUUAUCUUGAUUUAGGAAAAAAAAGUAUGUAUUUAAUAUUUGUUUGUUGUGAACAACAAGUCCAUAUGAAGGUGAAAUGUUUGAGUCAAUAUCAAUGUGAACUACUAAGGAAAAGUAGGUUUACACAUCCACCUCUGUGUUUGUCUAAUGUCCUUGCAAGCAGUCAUACAUAUCCUUUGCUUCUGAGUACUUUUUUACCAUAACAUAUAUUUGGAUUUUAGAAGUGACUUUCCCUGCUCAAAAACUCUUUGUGAUUUCAGCAUGAUUAUAAAUGAAACCUAAUAUAUAAUUUGCCUCUUUCUGUUGGUUUAUUUGUUUGUCACGUCAAACGUGUUAUAACCCAUAGUUAUUUCUUUGAAGGAUGUAAAAAUGUUAUUUUCCUGGGUUCUAUUUCUUUUCUAAUAUGUAUGUAUGGUUUUCUCUUGACAAGUUACAUUCUGUUCACAUUACCCAUUCAACGUCUAUAACUCUACUAAGGCACAUAGCAAACUGACAUGGAUGAGAUGAGACAGGCACAUCAUUGUCUCUUUUUCAUUGAUAGUUACCAAGAAUCUCUCAUGAUGUUGAAAUUCUCCAACAUUUAUUUAUUUAUCUGCUUUAAUGUGUUUUUUUUUUUUAUGGUUGUUUGAACAAAUGUUGGUCUGAAACCCUUGUUGUAAUGAAAUGUUGCUUUGUCCUCACAGCUGCAAUUGGGUUUACAUUAGGGCUAAGGGUUGGGGUCAGGCAUUUACUUUCGAAGGUUAGGUCAAGGGGCUACUUCAAGGAGCUGUGAUGUGAUUAAGUGCCGAUCUUUUGACUGUGUGAGUUGUUUUCAUGCCCAAAUGAAUGUAUGUUCGGAUGGUUCUGUUGUGUUUUUAUGCAACUAUUUGCUACCACCUUCCCUUGUUUCCCAGGAAACCAUCAAUCAAGCAUUGAUGUAGCUUAUUACAAUGGAAUCAUUGUUAUACUAUCUACUGCUCCCAAAAUGCCUUGCUGUUCAUCUUUGACACCCUUACAGAGCCUCUGAAAAAGAACUGCUUGUCAAGAGGGUAUAUCUUACUUUUGUGUAUCUCAAGGAAAAAUCUAUCCUAAACCCAUGAGAAAUUGCUAAAACUAUUUUGUUGUCUAUGUCCUUUUCUUUCUUUCUUCUGUUGGUUAUCUUGUCAACCAGUGCCACUGCAGAUAUUUCCAGCACAGUAAACACAAUUGAGUUUGAUUGUGUUGAAUUAGAGAGGCUGAGUUUGGUAGCUUUCUCUAAAUAUCAACAACUGUCUGCAGGUUAUCAGAUCAGCUCAUCAGAAUUGUGGCGCUCAACAAAUUGUCAGUGAGAACUCAGAGGAGACAUAAGUGUAGUGCCAAUGUUUGAUUGAAAGACAUUUGCUCUUCAGAUUGAUUGAUUAGCUUAAAGGCUGACCAUAAUCUCAACACUGCAUAACAGUAAAUAAUACAAGAAUUAUAAAUAAUCAUUACCUUUGCAGCAGCCUAUGCCCUGGGAGCUGGGAAACAUUAUUUUAGGGCUAGCAUUAGGAUUGUGUUGAGACAAAGUUAGAAUUCCACAUAUAAAGAUUCACUGAAAACCAGUUGAUUUCGACUUAGCAGUGGGUAGAAUCUUCCUUUAAUGCAGUAGAACACCAAAACGGCUCGUCUAAACUAAUGGUAUAAGAGAAGUCAUGAGCCAGACUUGAGCCUUGAUCAUACUUGGUGGACUUCACUGCAGUGGACACGUUUCACACGUACACAAGAAAACAUGAUUUUAACGUCUUGACAGUGAGAUGAGCUCUUUUUUUUCUGUUUGGCUUAACAACAUGAAAAAAUUCCAAAAAACGUUGCAUGACUGCAAUAGGACGCAAAAGGAUGUGGAGUACAGUACAACAUCAUGACACAUUGCACUACACAAGCAUCUUAUUCACUUUUGUGGCGCAUGCACAGUCAGCGUGCUUGCUGUGUGAACAGUCUGUGUAGUGUCAUAUUUUGGGUCGCAUGCGGAUCACGUAGGGCACACGCAAACCCUAGCUGACUCGGGCAGAUAACACGUUUAUUUUGUGGACACCCAGAUGCAGAAAGCAUGAAUUGGACUUUAGUGGAAGCAAAGGACUAUUUCAUGUGUUUUUUAAUAUAUUCGAUAUGUUGCUCAUGUAGAUAUUGGCUUUUUGGCUGCUAUUGUCAAUCUCUCUCUGUCACUGUAUAUUCAGAUUUUUGUGCAAUAUUUUUGUAGGAAAUGAAACAGGUAAUCUGCAAUGAAUCCCAAUGUCUGUGAUUUUUCUUCUUUUUUUCUCUGGAAGUUUGUAGUUGAUGUGCCCACCUUCCUCGACCUGAGGGGCUUUGGAGCCCAAUGAAAAUCUGAGAGGAGGAGUUCACACUGUAAACCCCUCUUAGCCUGAGAAGCACUGCUUUUGCUGCUGCUGCUGUUGUGACAAUGUGCUCUUCCACUGAACUCAUAAUCAUAUGCUUCUGCCACCCCUCCCCCAGCCCUAACCUUUGAAACUGCACUCGCUGUACGACUGUCCACCACAGCUUUCAGCAGGUCAAGAUGGUGUUGGUUUCUUUUUGUGUACGUGAGGGAUGUAGUACAGCUUUCAAGGGGGCUCCUGUGAUGAAGCUUUAUUGUCCAUAACUCAAAUAAACAAGCUCAAAACGA